AUGGGGAAUUACCAAUCUCAAUUGGAUGCAGUAACGAAGGACGUGCAGGGCCGGAUAAUGAAGUUGGACCUGGUGCGUGAUUUGAACCGGAUGGCAGUGGAGAAGCUCCAGCAGGAGCCUCACCGUCUACAGAAUGCGCAGUUUCCCGCAGGCAUCGACGGCUUCGAAGCGGCCAAAAACUUGUUGUCUGCGCUAAGUCAAGAAUUACGCAAUAAAUCACAAGGCGCAGAUCAGGCUCUGCGUCGCGGAGACAGUCUCGGUGCCCAGAAACUCGUGGAGGAGGCCGAAGGCAAAGUGGAGGAACACAACCAAGUCGCCGACUUGGUUCGUAAAAUGGCCGAUAUAGCAUUGGAACACGGCUCCGGAUACGCCGCCACGAUGUCCCAACGUGCCGUUAAGACCAUGAUCCCGGCACCUGUACGUUAUGGGGUGCUCUGCGUUGGCCAUACCUGUUGCCUGCCAUAUUGGGACUCGAAGUAUGACGCGUGGCUCUACUAA